AGAAAGUCACCCGCCCUCUUGGCUCCUGUGGAGGCCGCUGGGAACAGAACUUCUAAAAGGAGCUAUGUCUGGAGGGCUGUGGUCCAAGGCUAUUUUUGCAGGCCAUAAGCGGGGUCUCCAGAACCCAAGGGAGCACACAGCUCUUCUUAAAAUUGAAGGUGUUUAUGCCCGAGAUGAAACAGAAUUCUAUUUGGGCAAGAGAUGCACUUAUGUAUACAAAGCAAAGUACAACACAGUAACUCCUGGCAGCACAUCAAACAAAACCAGAGUUACCUGGGGAAAGGUAACUCGGGCCCACAGAAACAGUGGCAUGGUUCGUGCCAAAUUCCGAAGCAACCUUCCUGCUAAGGCUAUUGGACACAGAAUCCGAGUGAUGCUGUACCCCUCAAGGAUUUAAACUAAUGAAAAGUCAAUAAAUGUGGAUUUGUGCUCUUGUAUUUUUGUUAAGUGGAUUAAAAAACUUACUACCUUAAAAAAAA